UCAAAAAAAAAAAGAAAGGCUAUCUAAUCAUUAUAGAGCGAGAUUAUGAUGUACCAGGCAUUGUUCUUGGUCUUCACGUGAAUUAUCUGGUUUGAUCCCCAUAAAACCCCUAUUCUGUAGGCGUUGUUAUUAACCCCAUUUUAUAGGCAAGGGAACUGAGAAAGAAAAAUGUUAAAUUGUUCCUGAGUGUAAGCUGAUAAGCACUAUAUCUCUUUCAUCUUUGAUUCAUAAAAGACAUCUUUGAAAGCUGUGAAAGGAAAAUAAAAACUUGGGACCCCAAUUCACUCUGCCAAAAGGAAAAAAAUUAAACUGAAAGCUGAGUCAUGCAAGAAGCUGCCUUUCCUUUUGUUCCUGAGCAGACAGCUACAAAUAACAGCACUUGCAAACAUUCCAUCUGGCAAUCUGAGAGAAGCUACUGAGAGAAUCCUGAGACAUCCCCAGCUACCUACCACUGCUCCUGUUCCAAGCAAAGAAGAUCUGCUCACUCCGGGAAAAGCAAAUGAGUGAGACUCAAAAUUCAACAAGUCAGAAAGCAAUGGAUAAGGAUAACAAAGCCGCAAGCCAAACAAUGCCGAAUACACAAGAUAAGGACUACGAGGAUAAAUUGACUCAAGUAGCUCUAGCUUUGGUUGAGGAUGUCAUCAAUUAUGCUGUUAAGAUUGUGGAAGAGGAGCAAAACCCUUUGAAAAACAUCAAGUGGAUGACUCACGGUGAAUUCACUGUGGAAAAAGGUCGUAAACAAAUUGACGAAUAUUUUUCGAAGUGUGUUUCUAAAAAAUGCUGGGCACACGGCGUAGAGUUUAUAGAGAGGAAAGACUUAAUUCACAGCUUCCUAUACAUCUACUAUGUACACUGGAGUCUCUCAACUGCUGGGCUACCUGUAGCACAAAUCUCUGCUGGUACCUACUUCACCAUGAAGGUCUCCAAAACCAAACCGCCGGAUGCACCCAUUGGUGUUUUUUAUGUAGGUGACCACCAAGCAUUAGUUCACAGACCAGGAAUGGUUCGCUUUCGAGAAAACUGGCAGAAGAAUCUUACUGAUGCCAAAUACAGUUUCAUGGAGUCGUUCCCCUUCUUAUUCAAUCGUGUCUGAUUCUUACAGGAUGUCUUAGGAUUGUUUUUCUCAUCAGGAUAUAUUAAAAAUACAAUACAGCACAUCAAACCACAGAAUAUUUAUUAAGUAAUAAACUUGUGGCACACAAUCCA